CAUAAACAGUUCAUUUAUGCGCAGUUAAUAAAUCUAUUUUCUACUUAUUUAUUUAUUUAUUUUCUUUUCUUUUUUUUUUGCAUUUCUUAAAUGUCAGAUUUAUCAUCGACAUCAUCAGUACCUACACAACAUACACCAGAGCAAAUUCAACGUAUCGCUGCUAAUAAAGCAAGAGCUUUAGAGCGGUUAAAAGCGAAAAGAAAAGCUGAUGAACAGCCAAACCGACAAGAGAGCCAAAAGCCAAAAAAGGCAAGAUGGAUUAAGCCCUUUUAUGAAUUUGAUUUAAGUAGAAUGGAAGAUUCUAAAGGUGGCUUUAUUGUAGAAGAAACAGCUGAGGAUGCGAAAAAAGAAUUAGCGAAAAAAAAAGAGAAUUCAUAUGUCAUUCAGCCUUAUUACCCACCUUCAAUGGAUCCUGCAGAAAAUCCUAAAUGUAAAGAAUGUGGGUCAAUGGACUUGGAUCCUGUCUUUUUUAAUGUAUUUCAUAUGCCUCUGUGUCCCACUUGUAAAGAAAAGUAUCCAGAAAAAUAUAGUUUAAUUACAAAGACUGAAGCCAAAGAAGACUAUUUAUUAACAGAUCCUGAACUGAAAGAUCAAGAGUUAUUACCACAUUGGUCUAAACCGAAUCCUCAUAAAUCUACUUGGAAUGAUAUGAUGCUCUAUGUUCGAGAAAUGGUGGAGGAGUAUGCCUUUAAAAAAUGGAAUGGUCCUGAAGGUUUAGAUGCAGAAUAUGAAAGAAGAGUUGCACAAAAAAAAGAGAAAAAGGAUAAAAAAUUUAAAGAGAAACUUGCAGACUUGAGAAGAAGAACAUUAACGUCUAACUGGGAACGUAAACGUCAAGAGGGACCUCACAAACACGAGUUUGAGACCCAUGAUAAUGAUACAGAAAAAUGUAAAAUUUGUGGACUUGUAAUUGAGUCCGAAGAGCUUUAAAAAAUAUAAAUAUUAAUAGACUAUUAUUAAUCUCGUAAAUAACUUAUUUUGAUAUAUGCAUGGAAUGUAAUAUAAUUGUAAAUAAAACUUGAUCCAAAAUAGAGACACUUCUUUUUUAAAUGAAUCAAUGAUUUUGUACUGAAGCUCAUAUAGUAUGCUUUUGCUUCUAAAAAUGAA